GACCUGACCUGGUAAUUAGGAUAAAGCAAGGAUCAAUCCGAGGUAGUGAUUAUUCCAUGUUGGUCAACAGACACAUCGAUACCGUCUCUAAAACAACAUGAGAACUUUUGCGCUGGUUUGUUUGGGUGUGUGGACUGUGAUGGUGAGCUCAGUUUCUAGUGACCUAAAAUGCGCAACGAGUCAACCUCUUGGGAUGCAGAACAACGCCAUUCCCAAUGCCAAGAUCACCGCCUCUUCUCAAUAUGAUAACAGAUACGCUCCRUGGAAAGCAAGAUUGAACACGGAUAGUUAUGGCUGGACCCCCAAGACAAGGAUACUUGCAGUCGAUGCAGUCGAUCCUUGGUUACAGGUCGACCUGAGCACAGUUCACACUGUAGAUGCCAUCRCAACACAAGGUUCAAAGUACAAUUCAGAGUGGAUGAAAAGMUACAGCCUGCAGUACAGUUCGGAUGGCAGCACCUUCGAGGAUUACAAAGCAGGUUUUGUCUUCAAAGGAAACACUGAUAAGAUUACUGUUGUGAAGCAUGACCUUGAACCUCCAGUCAAAGCGAGAUAUAUUAGAGUCCUCCCAAAAACUGGUAUGAAUGGUUGGCCUUCGAUGAGAAUUGAGCUCUACGGAUGUAAAUCAGCAGACCAGGAGGUCAAGCCAAAUGCCAAUGUAACGUUAAAGCGAAUUGGUUGCUUCAAAGCGAAAUCCGACGGAAUUACUCCUCUGCCUAUCAAGCUGAUUCUUACCGAUCGUGAUAAUACAUCUCCUCAUUAUAGUGGGACAAAUAUUGCUUGGGAUAGAUGGAACACCUACUUGGGAGACAUAGCUUCUAGAUGUGCUCAGAAGGCUUAUGAAUUGGGAGAUAAAAUCAUUGGUAUUCAACAUUACGGAGAGUGCUGGAGCAGUCRUUAUGAUAAGUGGAMUUUCAGUUCUAAAUCCAACUCAUGCUUGGGAAAGAACUUCGUUACUUGUUCUUCUGGUGAAAGGUUCUGUGUGGGAGUAGUACACGAAUUAUUUGUAUACAAAGUGAGAAAAGAUCUGCAAUGCCAAAAAAGUCAACCUCUUGGAAUGCAGAGCAACGCCAUUCCCAAUUCCAAGAUCACCGCCUCUUCUCAAUAUGAUAACAGAUACGCUCCAUGGAAAGCAAGAUUGAACACGGAUAGUUAUGGCUGGACCCCUAAGACAAGGAUACUUGCAGUCGAUGUAGUCGAUCCUUGGUUACAGGUCGACUUGAGCGCAGUUCACACUGUAGAUGCCAUCGCAACACAAGGUUCAAAGUACAAUUCAGAGUGGAUGAAAAGCUACAGACUGCAGUACAGUUCARAUGGCAGCACUUUCGAGGAUUACAAAGCAGGCUUUGUUUUCRAUGGAAACACUGAUAAAAAUACUCUUGUUAAGCAUCGCCUUAACCCACCCGUCAAAGCGAGGUACAUCAGAGUCCUCCCAAAGACUGGCAUGAAUGGCUGGCCCUCGAUGAGAAUGGAACUCUACGGAUGCAAAUCAGGUGUGAAAUGCCAAAAAAGUCAACCUCUUGGGAUGCAGAGCAACGCCAUUCCCAAUUCCAAGAUCACUGCCUCUUCUCAAUAUGAUAACAGAUACGCUCCAUGGAAAGCAAGAUUGAACACGGAUAGUUAUGGCUGGACCCCUAAGACAAAGUUGCCUGCGCCAGUAAAGAAAUCUUGGUUACAGGUCGACCUUAGCACAGUUCACACUGUAGAUGCCAUCGCAACACAAGGCUCAAAGUACAAUUCAGAGUGGAUGAAAAGCUACAGACUGCAGUACAGUUCAGAUGGCAGUACCUUCGAGGAUUACAAAGCAGGUUUUGUCUUUAGUGGAAACACUGAUAAAAAUUCUGUUGUGAGGCAUAAUCUUAAACCACCAAUCAAUGCGAGGUUCAUCAGAGUCCUCCCAAAGAAUGGCAAGAAUGGUUGGCCUUCGAUGAGAAUGGAACUGUACGGAUGCACAUGAGUUCUUAGGUAUCACGCAAGUACGUGUCCAAAGAGCGAGGAAAACAAGCAAUGAUAAAUCAUGCUAGAUUUAUAUAGUAUAAAAAAGAAGUUUAAAUUUUCAGUGACCUGGCAUAUAUCUUAGAAUAGGGAAAUGUAACUCGUAAACAACAUUGUUUUGAUGAAUUCAGUGAUGAUGUGUACAAUAAAUUCAUUACGGUAAAAUGC